UAUAGCUUCACCAAAAGGGUGAUGGGGAAAAAAUCCAUUCUUGGUGAAUAUUUUGAUGUAACACUCAUGCUUUCAAGGGGAUUUUCUAUUUGAUGUAUGGUAGGUAAAUGAAGGGGAAAAAACUAGAUCUUGCUUUGUUAGCUUCCUUAACUUUUGAGUUUUGAGCAUAUAGGGUUGUAUGUUGUAAAAGGGGUGUUUCUUGUUGUUGUAAACUAAAUUAUGAAAUUGAUUACUUUAUCCAAUAACAGAAGGAAAAAAAGGAAAACCCCAGAUCUUGAUUUGGCAUUAUAUUGAAUAAUCAGAUUCAAAGACAAAUUUUUAAAUUGGAUUUUAAAUGUAUAUAUCCCUGGUGAGAGUCUUUGUUGUACUAUCUGAGGUCAUUGGUCACUCCGAGUAUUGUUCUCAAUCAGAGUUCUCAGAGCUCUUUGUUUAUAGCCAAAAUUGCAAAGAGAAGUAAGGUUCCAAUUCUUCAACUCUAUGUUCAUUUUCGUUUCCUUUUCGAUUUGAUAUUUUGGCGAUGUGAUUUUGUGAUUCAUGGAAUGGGCAAUCUGUUUGUUUAGAAUGAAGACUAGUUUAAAAGGAAUAAUAAUGGUUUGCUAAAUAGGUGAAUUUGGGAUGAAAGAUGAUUUGUGUGAUUAAAGAAGCCUAAUUGAUUAAUGAUUUAGAAUAAGUUCUGUUUAAAUUAUGGAACAAGUUUUAUUGCAAUAUUAGUCUAUGAAUGAGGUUCAUGUAGGCAAAAUUUGAGACACAUUUGAUUGCUUGUGUGAUUUUAUUUGCUUUCUAAUAUCAUGUAUCCAUUUCCCGGAAAAAAACAAAUGUGAGAAUGGAGGGCGUUAAUGGACAGAUUUGUUUUAAACUCUUCUAUGCGCGUAAGGCGUAUCUUUGUCUUUACUUUGAGAAAAUGUAGAGUAUAACAUUUGGGAUAAGUUUGUGAUCUGAGAAACUGCUCCGGCCACAAAAUCUGAUAUUGUGAGCUUGUCAUUUUGUUUCAGUAUUCUUCACUUACACGAAUGAUUGAUUGUUUCGUGAUGUUCAGGCAAAUGAGGCGCAGUCGUGAGGUUUGGAAGAUGGGCACGGUAAAUUACCUGGAGGCACUGAAGUUGCAAGAGAAGCUGGCAUCUGAUAGAAAAGCUUUACAAAUUAUUAAUACCCUAUUAUCCCUACAACAUCCACCGACAUAUAUAGUUGGCAAAAGGGAAACAGUUCAUAAUCUACUCAUUCCUAAUUCCGAGCUCAAGUCCAUGGGGGUAGAACUUCACUAUACGCAUAGAGGAGGUGACAUUACUUUUCAUGGUCCUCACCAAGCGAUCUUAUAUCCCAUUGUUUCGUUGAGAGAUAUUGGUUUAGGGGCUAGAAUGUACGUUGAGAAGCUUGAGCUAACCAUGAUUGAAUUGGCAUCUAUGUAUGGUGUGAAAGCACAGGCUGGACAAAAAUGCGAAACUGGGGUUUGGGUUGAGGGCAGAAAGAUUGGCGCGAUUGGAGUUAGAAUUUCACCUGGGAUCACAUCUCAUGGAUUAGCAUUCAACAUGGACCCUGAUUUAAACUACUUUAAGCAUAUUGUGCCUUGUGGGAUUAGCGAUAAAGGUGUUAUGUCUUUGAAGAAUGAGACAGAUGUAGAGCUUCAUGCUGAAGAUGUGAUACAGGAGUAGUUGAUCGCUUGUUUUGUAAGAAUAUUUAGGUACAACGAUGUCGUUUUAAAAGAUAAGUUUGUGUUAUAAUUUGAUUAUAAGCACUAAUGUUACAUUAUGUGACUAAUUUUUGUAUAAGUAGACAUUGUUCAUUCAUUUGAUCAGAUUAGCAUUGUGGACGAGUAAGCGAUGAUAUCAAAAGCAGAUUUCUUGUGCUGUCCUUUGAAUUUUUAAUAUCCUUAUUUGUGGAUAUUUUUCACAAAGAGUUCUGUUUAUGAGGAACCUGAGUUCCUUUGACCCUAUGGAGGCACAGGUGAGUGAUACCAAAGUUUGUUGAAGACAUGACAAAGCAAAACAAACUCAAUGUAAUCCCAUAAGUAAAGUCUGAGAAGGGUAAGAUUAAAAGCCUUACACCUA